CGUCGGUGGUUUUCUGAUAUUAUUUCCUGUGGCCGCUAUAUAAUUGUAUUACGCCGUUUCAGCAGCUGACAAAGUGACAACUGACAAAACUAUCAACGGCAAGUGACAAGGCAAUAAUUAAUAACGUUUUAGACAUUAAAAUGGAACAAAACGUAGAAGAAAUACAAGAGAACUUGUUAAAAUUUGGUUGUUGUCGAGUAUGUGCAGUUAGGCAUCUUACAAAACCUUCUACCAUAAAUGUUAAGACGUUAAUUGCUGCAUCAGAACAGGAUCAUGAUGAACCAAAACGUCUAAAAAAAAAUCCUUGUAUUGCGUGUUUAGGAUUAUUCCAAAAUCCACAAAAAGAUGAUAUUAUUAAUAAAAUAAUUUCUUAUCUAAAAACAUCUAAAUAUGAUUCAGAUACAUUUAAUUUAGCAUUUAAUUUACCAAUGUGUACUAUUAUUCGCGGGCAUUCAAUAGCAUUAUAUGUUUCAAAAUUAAGAAUAACAUUCAAUCCAACAUUUCCUACAGCUUUUGUGUGUGCUAAAGAUGCUUGGAAACUAAUGGCUGAAGACGCUAUUGUAAAAGCCACUGGUAAACGUUUUGAUGUACACUCACCAUUACUAGUUACUGUAGGUUUUCAUUAUGAUGAUAUUAAAGAUGAAUGUAAUUGUUUAAAUGCAAUUAUAAAAUUAAGUAACAAAAAUUUACAGAGCAUUUUAUCUCAAAUGGAUAACAAAGAUUUUGUUAGUCAAUAUGGUGAAAUGCCAUCAGUACCAGAAUCAACAAUAGAAUUCAAAAGUGUAGAUGCUAGACAUGAAAGUGUAUAUAUUGCUGGUCGUUAUAAUAAGUGGUCUAGGACCCUUUCUCAAACACCUUGGAUAGUAGACCAAGAAAGGAGGCUAGAGAGUUCAGUUGAAGAAAUAAUAUCUAAUCCAAUUAAAAAACAUGCAUUGGCUGAUGAAUUCAGAUUCUCGUCAUCUGGUAGAGAAGACAUUGAUGUCAGAAUGUUAGGAAGAGGAAGGCCGUUUGCCAUUGAAUUAGUCAAUCCAAAACUAACUAAAUUCAGCUAUGAAGUAUUGAGGGAAAUUGAAAAUGAAAUAAACACAGAUCCUCAAGUAACUGUAACACACUUACAAAAUGUUGUUAAAGAUCAAUUAAAAGAAUUAAAAUCUGGUGAGGAAUUUAAAAUUAAAGUCUAUAAGGCCCUUUGUUACGUUGAAGGAGAGUUACCAGAUAUGGAAAAACUUAACAACUGUGCCCCUCUAGAAAUAGCACAGUACACCCCAAUCCGAGUAUUACAUAGAAGAGCUAAUAUGGUCAGGCCUAGAACUAUACACUCAAUGAAAGCUGUAGCAACCAAAGUCGGUAAAGAUAAUGGCUGUUCAUUUUUUAAUGUGAUUUUAUCUACCCAGGCUGGUACAUAUGUGAAAGAAUUUGUACAUGGAGACUUUGGACGUACAAAUCCUUGUCUCAGAACAGUGUUGGAAAAUGAUACAGUUGACAUAUUAGCUUUGGAUGUUUUAGACAUUGAAAUUGAUUGGCCUACACCUGUUAAAUAUUAAUUUAAUAGUGACUAAUAUCAUGGUUUACUAUUGAUACAUGUAAUAGGUUAAAUUUAACCAAUUCUAUGAUUGAUAUUCAGUACUGAAAACAUUUUUUUAUAUUUAAAAAAAAAAAGAUUAUUAAGUGAUUAUAUUGAA